UACACGACGUUAUUGAGUGAUGUAAUUGUAAGUCAAUUGACGACACAUUUAUUGUUUGUAUUAUUUGAUUGUCAUUUGACUGACCAUUGAAUGCACUCUUGAGGUCAACAAAUGCCUGGCUUUGAGACCAAUCGUUUCGUGAACUUAGAGGUCAUCGAUGGCCUCAUUGAUGAACUCAGAUGUAGUAUUUGUAUGAAUAUCUACGAGACAGCUGUCCAGACCUGUUGUGGCCAUAAUUUCUGCUACGGAUGUCUUAAGCAGUGGAUCCAAAGCAAUGGCGAUCGUAAAGAAUGUCCCGAAUGUCGACAACUGUUGUCUUCAAGAAAGAGGUCUAACAGUGAUAAUAACAAUACCAUUAUUAUAUCCAGCGAUGUUGUGGUCGAUAAAAACAGUAAAUUGAAUGCAAUUAUCGGUAAAUUGAAGAUCAGAUGUGACUAUGAGUGGAACGGAUGCUCUCUUGUGAUGGCAUUGGAGUCACUGUCCGCUCACCUAAAGGAAUGUCCGCAUAGAUUGUGUCCCACGUGUUGUCUCAAUGUUGGCCCGAGUCGUGAACAACACAACUGUAUCGACCAAUUGAAGAAUGAAAUGAAUAACUGGAGGAAUAGGUUCUUAGAGACGGAACAAAAGUUGAAAGAAAUGUUAGUUGAAAACAAUGAAUUGAAUCGACAGGUGAUGUCAUUACAGAAUAGAGUCAAACCUUAUAUAAAAAAUAGAGUCAUUUAAACAUUUAUUGAAAACAUUUAUAUAAAUCAUAUAUUAAUACAAUA